UAGUUUAAUAUGUAUUUUAUCCUAUAUGUUCCCUAAACAUUUAUAAGUUCUUUUACCUUAUAAAAUAAACUUCGUUAAUGUAAAAAAAAAAAAAAAAAAACUUACAAUGACUCCACAUUCUCGGUAUGCGAUGCAAUCGAAAUGAUAUAAAAAAUGGUUCUAAAUCAGAGGAGGGGAGGAAACCUGUCUAAUUGGUUUUUAUGAUCUAAAACAUUUGGGGAAAAAACGCAAUUUACUACGAUAUAACAAAUAAAUUGACUUUUGAGUUUAUAAUUGAGGAGAGUUAUCUAUAUGCAUCUGAUUUUAUUCCCAUUAAUGUUUUAUUAAAAUAAGUUUAGCAAACUUGUUUUUUUACUCAAAUAUUAAAAUGCUUUUCUUUUCGAUUUGCCAGAGAAUAAAAAUUUAUUUAAAUUAAUAAAAUUUGCAGUGAGAGUAUAUAUUUUAAGGGCGAGCCAUAAGGAAAGUCCUUUAAAAAGUGUAAUCGGAAAUGGAAAUAUUUCUAAAUAUUGUAACGGGUAGUUUAUUUGUAGCACUAGAUGGCGCUACCCCUCUAUCCCAAAAACGAUAUCAACAAUCUUUCUGACUUAAUAUCUGAGAUGGCGCAGGACGAGCUCUGUGAACCAUCCUGGUUCCCCUUUCCCUACUCAUUUGAGUAAAAACUUUCUAGUUCUUUUAUAAAGGAACGUCGUCAUCUUACUCCAAUGAUGGAAAAAUAUGAAAAACUAGCCAAGAUUGGCGAAGGUUCCUAUGGCGUUGUCUUCAAAUGUAGAAAUAGAGAAAAUGGUCAAAUAGUUGCUGUUAAAAAAUAUGUUGAGAGUGAAGACGAUCCUCUUAUUAAGAAGAUCGCUUUGCGAGAAAUUAGAAUGUUAAAACAAUUAAAGCACCCUAACCUUGUUAAUUUAAUUGAAGUCUUCCGAAGAAAAAGAAAACUUCAUUUAGUUUUUGAAUACUGUGAACAUACUGUAUUGGAUAUUUUAGAAAAACAUCCUAAAGGAGUUCCAGAUAAUUUAACCAAAAGAAUAGUUUGGCAGACUCUACAAGCCGUAAAUUUCUGCCAUGAGCAUAAUUGUAUUCAUAGAGAUGUAAAACCAGAAAAUAUUUUAAUAACUAAAGAUGGAAUUGUGAAACUAUGUGAUUUUGGGUUUGCUAGAACAUUAAGUCCAGGUGAUAAUUAUACAGAUUAUGUGGCCACAAGAUGGUAUCGAGCUCCAGAGCUUUUAGUAGGUGAAACACAAUAUGGACCUGCUGUUGAUGUAUGGGCGAUUGGAUGCGUCACUGUUGAGCUUAUGAGAGGAGAGGCUUUGUGGCCUGGAAAAUCUGAUGUUGAUCAACUAUACCUUAUUCGAAAAACCCUAGGUGAUCUUAUACCCCGACACAUGCAAGUUUUUAGAUCAAAUGAUUUCUUUGCCGGAGUUACAAUUCCUGAACCAGAUGUCAGGGAAAGUUUAGAAAACAAGAUACCAAAGCAUGUUCACGAACAUGGUGUAGAUUUCCUUAAGAGAUGCUUGGAUAAAGAUCCUCAAAAGCGAUAUCCUUGUGCUCAACUUUUGAAUCACCCUUUUUUCGACAACUUUAAAGUGCCAGAACUUGAUAAUUUUGAUGAAGCCCAAAGAUACAAAAGAGAAAAAUCAAAGUACGGACAAUACCAGUCUCUUUUACUGCCUCAACUGCCCAAUCAGACAAACUCCUUAUCAUCACCAGAAUCAAAAAAUGCUCCUCUGUCUAGGUCUACAAACAGAUUCGAUCAUCUACCAAACAUUUGACGAUAUGGCAUGGGGAAUUAUUCCCCUUAUCAAUAUGGAAAUUCACUAUCCUUUCAGUACAACUUCAAAUAAAGAAAGAGAAAGAAUUAUGCUAUGAAACUGAACUAAAAUGACAUUAAUUCUGAAAUGACUUUUCUGAUGUGAUAACUAUAAAAAGUAUAUAUUGAAAUGAAACUAAAUUUUUCGCCAAAAUAAACCAACACUGGAAUGAAUACUACGGUUUUUAAAAUUGUAUAUAAAAAAAUGUAUAAUAAUAAAUGUUUCAAUUUCUA